CCUCUACUUGUCACCAUGAAGCUUCUGGUAUUCCUUGUGUUGCUGGGUGUCUCCACUAUCCUGGUCUCUUGCCAGGACGCAGACACCGCUGACACUUCUGACACUGCUGCAUCUGAAGAAACCAGCAACUCUGAAUCUGGGACACAAGAUGAGUCUGCUAGUGCCGAGCAAGACAGUGAGUCUGCUGGUGAAGCUGAGUCCAGUGACGAGGCCGCCGAUCAAAGCCAGGAAGAUGAGGAAGCGAGCAGUGAUGAAGAGGAAAAAACAGAAGACAGUGAGGAAACACCUGAAGAUAAACCAAGCAAUCUAAAAGAUGGACUCUAUGUCUGCAACUUUGAAGACUUUGUCUUUGCUUUUGACUUGCUGAUCACAGUGAAUAAAUGA